AACACUGUUGUGUUAAUCUAAAAGUACAACAAGUAACUUUGUUAGCAAUAGUUGAAAUCGGCAAUGAAUCCACUAGUGCAUAUAUAUUUAAUACUUUUUAUAUCAAAUCGAGCUGUUCCCCUGAAUAUUCCAGUAAUUUCAGAUAUUCAAGACAUCGUAAGCGUCGCUCAUGAUCUAUCUGAUUUGUCAUCAGGACGGGUGCCGUUUUUCGGUGGUCUAAUUGGGACAUCAGUUGACCCUACGAUGGCCAAAAUACAAGGACUUUCUACACAAAUAUCGGAAUUAACUGAAAUGUUUAACAUAAGAAUGGACAAGCUCAUGUCUGCUGUGUUAACCAACGUACCGCGCUCGGUUCAAUUAAACAAUCUCAUGAGCAUAUUAAUUAAUGACAUAACCAGAAUCGAUGAAAUGUUUGACGACUAUGAAGUAUACGUCCACAAACGCGGAGAAUUCAAUCGCGCCACUAUUGAUAAUUUUAUUAAAAUAACAACGUCACAUGAUUAUGGUGAUGUGCAAUAUUUACUUAAAAAAAUUUAUCACAUUUUCGUACCAGGACAACUAAAUCAAUUCAAUGAGAACAUUCUUGAUCUCUUGGUGGCUACUUUGAACGAUAUGAAACCUGAAGAACUGUGUGGAAAAACAAAGUCACAGCAACAAAGGCUCUAUGAUGUUUACGAAACAGUAGUUCUUACCGAAAUCAAAGGAUUUAUUAUGACGGUUUAUUCUUAUGGCUUAUUAUCGAUAUACAAUAAUUCAACUUUUACUAAUGAAUUGGACAAAGCAGUCUCAGAACUGAUAUUAAGAUGCAACAAUUAUUUAUUAGUUACCAUAGAAGCCUUAGAAAAACUUCCAAGGCAAAUAUUUCUUUGUGAUCCAAAAAAACACGUUUUAAAUGAAACAUAUUUUCAGUUAGAGCGUGCAAUACGAAUGAUAGUCAUUCACGAAAGUAUGGUGUCAGAGUCAAUAUCUUGUUCCGACACUUGCGGUGACGUUGAUACAACUACCAUUUAUCGCAAUUAUAGAUAUUCCACUCGUAGUAAUAACCCAGAUAAAAAAUGGUCCCCGCAUGUUCCAUGUAAAGGACGUAUGCACAACUGCCAAGAUAUUGGUAGAGCUAAGUUCUGCGAAUUGCCAGAGUUCUUUAGGAGCCGUUACUUUUGGAUUGAUUCUGAUGUAGGUUUUUUUGGGCCCAGAGAAAGUUGUUGGUUGGGGACAGAAGUUCAGCUCGAAAUAACUACUCCCUCAUUCUGGAAAUGUUCUACAUGUCUCUGUCAAUGCUCUGAAUUAGAUGCUGACUCGACAGCAACACGAGCUAUCAGUUUAAGGCCGCAGUUGUCUAACAUCAAAGACAAUAUGGUAGUGACGGGUGUGAGAUUUGAACUUAAAGACAAUUUGGUUCAUGUACAAAUCGAACAAGGCAAGUUGAAGAAAAUCGGUCAGAUAGACACCGAUACUGUUAGUUGGGUGGAACUUGAAGAUUUUGUUUAUUUGGAUGAUGUCUCUGGUGGUGGGUUUGCUAAAAUUGAUGAUGGUAAAAAAAUAACAAUGAAAGAACACGAAGAUUUUUCAUUCGUACGUUAUGGGCAAAGAGAUUUUAAUCUAGAUGAUAUUUAUGCGCGGGAAGAAGGUUAUACUGUCACCGGAGUACGAUUCAAUCGCGAUCCUAAUAACGAAAGAGCGAUACAAUUAGAAGUACACAUCACACCAGCUAAUUUUUCGGAGGGUUUGCUUAUCCCAACGGAGGAUAAUCCGAGUAAAUGGUUGACACCUGAAGAUAUGCCUGGGCGUGACUUUGAACCCUUGAUCCCACGGACAGAGGUUGAUUUGACUGACAGAAAUGACCCUACGCAAAUUAAAGAUAAUAUUCCAGACACACAAGAUAAUUCAGGGAUAUGGUUUACAGUGACUAACAAAUGGCAAGAAAUUGGAGAAAAUACGAUCCCAUUCUUUGACAAACAGCUAGUUUCGCCCCAUCCAAAAGUUGCAUUGGAUGGUAUAGGAGUUUUCCAUCGUGGCACCAAAGAAUCUGGUGGAUUUCUUAGUUUUAAAGUAUUUGCCUUCGAUCUUCCAAAAUAUUUGAAUCCGACAAUGACCCCGGAAAAUAUUGAGCUAUUCGAAAAUAGUUAUGACGAUGAAAUAAUAAAUCAUCCCCUGGAACCCGAGUAAUUGUUGAAAACUUAAUUAUUCUCUUAAAGUAAAUUAGCGAAUUUUACUAGCAAAUAGUAAAUAUUUACUAAUUUUCGCUAAUUUAGUUAUAGAGAGUAUUAAAAGUAUUGUUGUAUCUUAUUACACAUUUAAAGCAAAAGUUUCUGCAAUAUUUGAUCAUUAAUUUUUCAACAUUUUUGUUCUUAUGUAAUUCCAAAUAUUUGAAAUAAAAAAAAAAAUAAAUUC